AUGGCCGGGAUGCGCAGUACCGAUGCCGUGCGAGCUAAAGCCCGCAGGGAGCGUUUGGCCAUCGAGGACCCUGCAAGGCUUGAACAGGAAAGGCAGGCCAAAGCCGCACAUGCGAGAAAUGCACGCAGGGCCCAGGCUGAGGCAGCAGGUAGAAUUUACCGCCCUCGAAACAAGGCAUCUAUCCGAAACCCGUCGAACACUCUUGUCAAUCACGGCACUAGGAUCGACCUUCACGCGCCUUCCACAACGCUUCGUCCAUCUCCGGCACCAGGUGCCUCACCCCAAGAAGUUUCCUGGAACCCUGACGUGCUGCAAGGCCUCGCUAUGCCAGCUGGUACCUUACUCUCGCAGGAUCUGGCGCACCGCCUAGAAGUUCUCGGCUCCUCUUUACGCACAUGGCAGCUAUCUCUUCCUCUGGCCGACCAAGUUGUACGAUCGCAUCCACGGGGAUCGGCAUUCAUCAUGCCACAGCUGUUUGGUCAUGCGUACCGGCGGCUUUCUAGCGGCAACUAUAGUGACUACACUACCUUACGACAGGAAGUCAAGCUUUUUGACUCGUGCUUGCGCGCUGCCGAUACCUUUGCCGAACUCUUUGAAUCUGCUAGAAGGGCAUGUCCCCCGCAGCAUCUGCAGAUCAUAUACGACUAUGAGUUAUGCCACUUGACAUGGCUGAGGACACUCCAAGGGGCGCGGGACGGCAUUGAGGAGGCACGCUCUUCGUUCAUAAAGGUCGCACCAGCAGUGUUCGUGGAAGGCAUUCUGUGUGAGGCCAUCGAAUGCGCUGUUUCCCAGGAAUAUACAGUGAAGACGCCAUGCAGCUCCGCGUACGCUCUCACCUGCAGCGACCUUUCGCGCUUAGGUCCCAAUUGCUGGCUGAACGAUACAGUCAUUGACUUUAUGCUGGCUUUGUGGAAAGAAGAGCACAUGUUGGAGGAUACAAUCUUCAUGCCCACGUCAUUCGUAUCUCUUCACUUCGACCUCUCCGAAAAAUUUCAGUUCAGAGGUGGUCGAAGAGCUUAUAGUCAUGGGUGGCUGAAGGAGGCUGCCAACGGAAGGGCUCAUGUUUGGAAGAAGAUUUUGCUGCCCGUCGCACACAAGAAUCAUUUUUUCGCUGUGGUCAUCGAUACGGUGGACACAUCUGUUACCACAUAUGACAGCCUGAAGUCUAGUGCGUGGCGCGGGGAUCAGCUCGAGUCAUUUGUGAACGUCAUCCACCAGUGGGUGGGUGGGCUGUGUGCACACCACGGGUGGCAAUCACCGUCAGAUACUUGGAUUGGGGAGUGUGCGCAGCAGACACCGCAACAAAACAACCAAUCAGACUGUGGUAUCUUCACUCUGCUGUUCCUUCGUCAUCUCUCCAGGAGUGACAGGAUCAAUGGAGUUGACGUCCCAGCCUUCUAUAGGCUGACAACCAUCCAGAACGCUGCAUCCGCAGAGUGGGCUCGACUCCUGCUACUGGAAGAAAUCUUGGAGAAAGGAAGCUUGGAGCUGCCCUAG